AUGGCUAACAAGGAUGUGUUCGCCAAGCUCACGAACAGGGAAUCCAUAAUCAAGGCUCCUCAGGACGACUUCAAGGACACCAACGGUGCUAACGGCACUGCUACCAUCGGCACCAAAGGACAUCAGCAGACCCAGGAGCCCAUUGACAACAAGAAAUCCGACAGCUCUCCUCGCUUCGUUAUCAUCGGUGCCGGUGCUCGUGGCUAUGCCUAUGCCAGCGCCAUCCACACACUCACUAACGGUGUAGUCUGCGCUGUUGCUGAGCCGCUCAAAUUCAGCCGUGAGAAUCUCGGUAGAAAGUUCAUCUGGCAAGGCGACGAGCCCAGCGAGGGUCAAUCGUUCCCUGACUGGCGCGAGUAUCUCGACUACGAACUCUCCCGCCGCAAGCGCGUCGCUGAUGGCGAGUACAACGUUCCUGCCGGUGCCGAGGGCGCAUUCGUCUGCGUCCAGGAUGCUAUGCACGAAGCUGUCAUCGUGGGAUUGGCCCCUCUGAAUCUUCACAUCAUGUGCGAGAAGCCGCUCUCGACCACGCUCAAAUCCUGUCUCAAGAUGUACCAGGCACUCAAGCCCACUAUGGCUACGAAUGUCUUCUCCAUCGGUCAUGUUCUACGAUAUACUCAGCACAAUAUGCUUCUGAGAAAGCUCAUUGUCGAGGACAAGGUGAUUGGCGAUAUCAGCAGUGUUGUACACACUGAGCCUGUUGGCUGGUGGCAUUUUACCCACUCCUUCGUCCGUGGCAAUUGGAGAAACGCCCACACUUCUGGACCAUCGCUUCUGACAAAGAGUUGUCACGACAUCGACUUCCUUCUUUGGAUGCUUUGCUCGCCUGAGAAGGCUGGCGAGGGAGAACCUCAUCUUCCCACUACCGUUUCAUCUCAGGGUGGCCUCAACUUUUUCAAAAAGAGCCGCAAGCCUGUCGCUGCGGGUGAUGCUACCAACUGCAUGAAAUGCCCGCUUGGUGACUCUGGCUGCAAAUACUCUGCCAAGUACCUAUACGUUGGCCCCCACCGAUACAGCUUGGAGGGUGGCAACUUGAGCAUGCCCGUCAAUAUCGUUGUCCACGACAUCGAAGAUUACAAGACCAUGGAUGAGAAGAAGGCUGCCAUGAUCAGGGCACUAGAGGCUGAUUGGGAUGAGUCCACUCCCAAGGAAGAAGUUGCAGCACGCCAGUGGUACGGUCGAUGCGUCUUCGAGGCUGACAACAAUGUCAACGACGAGCAGUUCGUCACCAUCUCUUUCCCCGAAACCAACAGACCUGCCAAGCAAGUCACUUUCCACAUGGUCGCUCAGACUAAGAAGAUUUGCGAGCGCUUCACUCACUACUACGGCGAUGAGGGUGAGGUUUACGCCGACGGCCACACGAUUACCGUCGAGAACUUUGCCACUGGCGAGAAGACGGUGCACGAUCCCAAGUACGUCGCCGGCGGACACGGCGGCGGCGACCAGGGCCUCACCUCCCAGUUUGUCGCCGCUUGCGAUGCUGUCAAGAAUAAGGGUUGGGCCGCUGAGAGGGCCCAGAACGAGUUCAUCGGCUGUACGCUUGAUGAGGCGCUCCGCAGUCACGCAAUGGUCUUUGCUGCUGAGGAAGCCCGCAAAGAACAAAAAGUUCUUCACUGGCAGCAGUGGUGGAAGGAGCAUAUUGGCGAGGUAUCGAAGUAG